GGCCCCUAGGGCGUGAGUUCAGGCUCCCCAGGCCGCUGAGUGGGUGUUUAAGACCGAAAGGCUUUGGGGCUUGGCUCCAGGACAGGACGGGGCCGAAUCCAGCCCCAGCGGGCGGUGGGUGUGGGCUGCGACUUCGCGCGCCUUCUAGGGUCUGCGCCCAGGGCCACGCCUCUCCGGAACCCACUUGCUCCCUCCGCACGCACCCGGGAGGCUGCGGAGGCCUGGUUGCCCUGGAGACGGCGGUCUUCCUCGCGGGACGUUCUAGCCCCGGGUCUCGUUGGCUGUCGGCUCUCUGGCCCCGGGUGGGUGCUCUUUAUGGUCGCGGCCUCCGGAAGGGGAUCGGCUUCGCAGUGCGGGAAGAGGUGCUAAGGGCGACACAGGAUGCGGUUCCUGGGCGCGGGUCCGGCCUCGGUGGCCUCGCUGGCGCUGUUCUGGUUGCUGGGCCUGCCGUGGACCUGGAGCACAGUGGCGGCGUUCGGCGUCUACGUGGGCAGCGGCGGCUGGCGCUUCCUGCGCAUCGUCUGCCUGACGGCCAGGCGUGACCUCUUCGGCCUCUCGGUUCUGAUCCGCGUGCGCCUGGAGCUGCGGCGGCACCGGCGCUCGGGCCACACCAUCCCGGCCAUCUUCCAGGAGGUGGCGCGGCGGCAGCCCGAGCGCCUGGCGCUGGUGGACGCGGGCAACGGCGUGUGCUGGACCUUCGCGCAGCUGGACGCCUACUCCGGCGCCGUGGCCGAGCUCUUCCGCCGGCUGGGCUUCGCGCCGGGCGACGUGGUGGCCGUCUUCCUGGAGGGCCGGCCUGAGUUCGUGGGGCUGUGGCUGGGCCUGGCCAAGGCGGGCGUGGUGGCCGCACUGCUCAACGUCAACCUGCGCCGCGAGCCCCUGGCCUUCUGCCUGGGCACCUCGGGGGCCAAGGCGCUCGUCUACGGCGCGGAGAUGUCAGCGGCGGUGGCCGAGGUGAGCGCGCAGCUGGGGAAGAGCCUGCUGAAGUUCUGCACCGGAGCCCUGGGGCCGGACAGCCUGCUGCCCGACAGCCAGCUGCUGGAUGCCAUGCUGAAGGAGGCCUGCCCCGCACCCCUGGCCCCGGCCCCGGGCAAGGGCAUGGACGAUCGCCUCUUCUACAUCUACACGUCGGGGACCACGGGGCUGCCCAAGGCCGCCAUUGUGGUGCACAGCAGGUACUACCGCAUCGCAGCCUUCGGCCACCACUCCUACAGCAUGCGCCAGGCGGAUGUGCUGUAUGACUGCCUGCCCUUGUACCACUCGGCAGGCAACAUCAUGGGCGUGGGGCAGUGCAUCAUCUACGGGCUCACGGUGGUGCUGCGCAAGAAGUUCUCCGCCAGCCGCUUCUGGGAGGACUGCGUCAAGUACAACUGCACGGUGGUGCAGUACAUCGGCGAGAUCUGCCGCUACCUGCUGCGGCAGCCGGUGCGCGAGGCCGAGGGGCGGCACCAGGUGCGCUUGGCCAUGGGCAACGGGCUGCGCCCUGCCAUCUGGGAGGAGUUCGCACGGCGCUUCGGGGUGCAGCAGAUCGGGGAGUUCUACGGCGCCACGGAGUGCAACUGCAGCAUCGCCAACAUGGACGGCAAGGUCGGCUCCUGCGGCUUCAACAGCCGCAUCCUGACGCACGUGUACCCCAUCCGGCUGGUGAAGGUCAACGAGGACACCAUGGAGCUGCUGCGCGACGCGCGCGGCCUCUGCAUCCCGUGCCAGCCCGGGGAGCCCGGCCUCCUCGUGGGCCAGAUCAACCAGCAGGACCCGCUGCGCCGCUUCGACGGCUACGUGAGUGAGAGCGCCACGAGCAAGAAGAUCGCGCACAGCGUCUUCCGCAAGGGCGACAGCGCCUACCUCUCAGGCGACGUGCUGGUGAUGGAUGAGCUGGGCUACAUGUACUUCCGCGACCGCAGCGGGGACACCUUCCGCUGGCGUGGGGAGAACGUGUCCGCCACCGAGGUGGAAGGCGUGCUGAGCCGCCUGCUGGGCCAGCUGGACGUGGCCGUGUACGGCGUGGCCGUGCCAGGAGUGGAGGGCCGAGCGGGCAUGGCAGCCAUCGCGGACCCCCACGGCCAGCUGGACCCCAACUGCAUGUACCAGGAGCUGCAGAAGGUGCUGGCGCCCUACGCGCGGCCCAUUUUCCUGCGUCUGCUGCCGCAGGUGGACACCACAGGCACCUUCAAGAUCCAGAAGACCCGGCUGCAGCGCGAGGGCUUCGACCUGCGCCAGACCUCGGACCGGCUGUUCUUCCUGGACCUGAAGCAGGGCCAUUACCUGCCGCUGGACGAGGCGGUGCACGCGCAGAUCUGCUCGGGCGCCUUCGCGCUCUGACCUGCGAGAACGACCAAGGCGCGUGCGCGGACCGCUGACGGCGAACAGAGCCGCCCCCCCCCCAACGGCUGGAGUGCGCGUGCGUGGGCCGCCUGGUCUGGGCGUGAGCGGGGCUUGACCGUGGCUCCCCACCUGCCCUGCAGCGGACUGGGACCCGAACGCCGCCGCGCCUCCCACCGGGUCGCGGCCCCCGUCUCCCCGUCCCCUCUCUCCCUCAUGAUCCUGGUGGGUGGGUGGCUCCCUCGGCCUGGACUGGCCCGGCCUCCCCGCUGUGCCUUAGGAACCCCGCUCCGGCCCUCGCGCAGGCUGCAGUAGCUGCGCGCCGAGCACCCUGCGCCCUGGACACGAAGCACCGCGCCCCGCCCCGCCCCGGCCGCGCUCCCGGUCCUGCGCUGUCCCUGCGGGGGUCUGGGGGCCUCCAGCUGCGCCCGGCCGACUGCUUCGGUCCGGGUCCGGUCCGCGUUCGGCGGGGUCGCUCCAGGGAGCGCCGAGUGCUCGUCCUUGUCGUGCGCCCCCUGGCGGCCGCCACGUGACUCGCGGGCUUUCCCGGUCGGUGUCGCCAGCGGCCUGCUCGGCGUUUGACACCGCGGGGUUUUUGUCCCGCUUGGUUGUAAGAAAUAAACCCGCAGGGCCUCUGGCA